AUGCCGGGAAUCAUUGACGAAACCCAAUUUAGCAUUCUGGAAAUGGCUGCCUGUGUUUCUUUUACAAUAUUUGCACUGUUAGGAAUCAUAUCAAAUGUUAUCAACAUCAAAACAUUCAUCGCCAUGGGACUCAAAGACAGUGUUACCGUGUCAUUUCUUGCUUUGUCAUUGUUUGAUUUGGCUUAUCUUGUUAGUACAUUUUGUUGCACAAUCGCAUUAUCUUUCAACGUCAUUGAAAUUUCGUAUUACGAACAUUUACCUAUUGAACCGUUUGGUGUACAUGUAUUUUUUGGUCACGUAGUUAUACUGAUUAAUGUAACCAAUACAUUAACUACAACUUUUAUUGCAGUUGCGCGAUGUAUGUGUGUAGCCAAACCGUUACACUUUAAACAUUCUUUUACUGUCAAAAGAACAGUAAUUGUUAUGUCAGGAUUUGCUGUUUUUGCACUGGCUAUCUAUACACCGCUUCUUGCCUACAUGGGAAUGGUUGAGAGACUAGACACAAAAACUAACAGAUCCAGACCAUCGCUUUGGCUGUCACCACACAAAGACUCAAUCAAAAAUAUUGUAUGGACGUUAAUACAAACUGUACUGCCUGUAGUUACUGAGUUCAUCGUUCUUCUCUGCAUUGCAGUUAUGAUCAACAGUCUUCUCGCUGCUUCAAAGUUCAGACAAGCUUCAAAAAUACCUGUAGGUAACAAGGAGGGCAAGACUGGUUCCUUUAAUGAUUCCUCUGACAAAUUGUCUGGGAAAGACAUUCGUGUUGUUAAACAAGUGACUCUCAUUUCUGUAAUGUAUAUAGUGUGUAACACACCAAAGGUCGUAAUAAGCUUAGUCAGUUUCAUCGAAGCCGAAUUUAGUCUUAGACAACGCUAUAAUAAUUUAUACGUCUGCAUUAACUAUUUCCGUAUGCAUUUUGAAAUAAUUAACGCAUCGAUUAAUACGUUUGUUUACUAUAUAUAUAACACGAAAUUUAAAGACACGUUGUCCUGGAAAUGUUGA